AUGUCCGAAGAAAAAUGCGCCGUUUCCGAGCUCUCGGCUUGGCCGUUGCUGUUGGCGAAGUGGGCAGAGAGGGUGCGCGGCGGAGGCGUGCAUCGCUCGUGUCGCGGAAUGGUCACGCGGGGAUGGCGGGACGAUGACACCGGCGCCGGCGCGGGUCGUGAAGCGGGGCGUCGUCGCCCCCGAGGUCGCGACCGCGGCGGUGGUGGCCCCGGCCGGUUCCAUCGGGGAAGCUUCGCCCUGCUCGUCUGCAUCCUCGCGUGCCGCGUCGCGUCGGCGGGGGCGUCGCCGAAGCUCUCCGCGCUGUCGUUCGUCGGUGACGUCGCGACGCUGACCCCGGCGUUCGACCCCGACACGCUCUCGUACAACGCGAGCGUCACCACGGACCGCACGUCGGUGCAGCUCGCGUACGCCGUCGCGUCCCCGGACUCGGCAUCGUCCGUCGAGGUGACGACCGCGGUGACGCAGCCGAGCGGCAGGCGGCGACGGAACCUGCUGAGCUCGACGACGUCCGCGCUGGCGAUAUCUCCGGGUCACAACGACGUCACCCUGACGGUCCGACGCAUCUCGGAUAACGCGGCGACCGCCUACGCGGUGCGCGUCACCGCCUACUCGCUCGCCGCGCACGUGUCCCUCUCGGGCCUCUCCCUGGUCGUCGGGUCAACUCCCGUCGCCCUCCCCGGACCGGGCUUCCAGGCCAACACGCUGACGUACGACGUCACGGUCGACUACAGGACGAGCGCGGUGUCCAUCACCCCCACGGCUGCGUACGCGGCGAAGUGUACCAUGACCGUGAACGGCGUAGCGCACACAUCCGGUCAGGCCGUGUUGAACGUGGCGACUCCCACGUUCGCCGACGUCGGACCGAACGUCAUAACCGUCACGCUCACCGCCGAGGACGGGCUGACGGUUGGUACGUACGUGGUGAACGUGAACCGCGUACCUCCGCCGCCGCCGCCGUCGCCGCCGUCGAGCCCGAGCCCGCCGCCGACGCCGCCUCCGCCGUCGCCGCCGAGCCCGCCGCCCGCGGCGCCUCCGCCGUCGCCGCCGAGCCCGCCGCCGUCGCCGAGCCCGCCGCCGCUUCCGAGCCCGCCUCCGGUGCCGUCGCCGCCCGCGGCGCCCCCGCCGCCGUCGCCGCCGUCGCCGCCUCCGCCGCCGCCGAGCCCGCCGCCGCUGGGACCGCCGUUUCGGUGGGUCACCACCCCGUGGACGAAAUGCACCGCGCCGUGCGGAGGGGGCACGCAGACCCGAUCGGUGAUUUGCGCGGGGGGUCCCGGGGGGGGACCGGUGGAGUACGUCGAGUGCGGGGGCGCGGAGGUGGCGCCGGCGAGCUUCCGCGAGUGCAACUGGAACGCCUGCCCGGUGUACCGGUGGGACUUUGGAGAGUGGAGCGACUGCAACGCCACGUGCGGGGGAGUCGGUUUCAGGCAGAGGCUCGUGCAGUGCAAGAGUAAGGACCCCACGAGCACCGUUCGCGUCGUGGGCGUGGGAGAUAACUACACCGUGGGCGGGAGGGUGGUCCCCGACGCGCUGUGCCGGGCGAACACCUCCGCGGUCGUGCCGGCGUCGAUGGAGAAUUGCAACUUCCGGCCCUGCACGUACCACCACUGGGACGCUGGUCCGUGGGAGAAAUGCUCCGCCACCUGCGGCGGGGGCAGGCGCUGGAGGAACAUCACGUGCGCGGUGCGAGACGACAUGUGGGAGGAGAUGACCGCGCACAACGCGGACCCGCUCGCGAACCCGAACAUUCAGGGCUCAAACGCGACGGGAGGCGGCGCCGCAAACGCCGGCGAAGGCGCGGCGCGGGGAACCGAGAAGACCGUCACGAACGUCUCCACCUGCUACGCGUACCAGGACUUCAUCGGCGAUCCGCCCGCGGAGUACGGCGUCUGCCACACGCAGGCGUGCGUGGACGGUCCGAGGUGGCUGGUCGGUGAGUGGGAGAACGAGGGCGCGUGUGAUAAGAAGUGCGACGGGGGUCGCUUGCGCAGAUCCGUGCGAUGCGUGGAAGGCGCCGUGGGGGCCGAGGUGGAUGCGGACGUCUCGAAGUGCCCGAGCCCGGCGCCCGAGGGUGAGGUUCCGUGCAACACGCACAAGUGCGACUUUUGCGAGCGCGAGACGUGCUCGUACAGGGGCAAGUGCUCGGAGGGAGCGUGCGACUGCGGCCCAACCAGGAUCGGUUUAUUUUGCGACGUCUCGCGUGUAUGCGGGUUUGACCAGUUGGGAACCCUGGACGGGCGAUGCUGCGCAGGGACCAUCGACGCCGUGGGCAUGUGCUGCCCCACGCACCUCCCCGAUGCGCCCGCGGUCAUCGACGGCGACGGCAACUGCUGCUACAGCGGCAAGGUGGACGCCUGCGGCGAGUGCGAUGGCGCGGCCAGAACGGUGGACGUGAGGGGCGAGUGCUGCCCCGGUAAACUCGACGCCGGCGGUUUCUGCUGCGCGUCCGGGGUGUUCGACGCGUGUGGGGUGUGCGAAGGGGAUGGGACCACGUGCCCGGUGUGGCUCGAGGUCAAGGCUUGGUUCCCGCAGUCGAUAAUUGACAACGGAACCGAGUCAUUCAACGCACACGCGAGGGAAUGGUUCAAAAUUGCGCUCAACACAAGCGAGAGCGUGAUCGCGGGCACCGCCGAGAGCGGCGCCGUGAUGGGCGCGACGGUAAUGUACACGCCCCCGCCACCACCCCCGAAACCCUCGCCCCCCGUCUCGUCCAACGGGAGGAGGAAAUUGCUUCAGACGAUGUCACCGUACGGAGUCGCCGUGACGAUUCCGAUGCGGUUUCCGUUUGAAGCCGGAGUCGACCCGUCGUGGACGGCCUUGGCCAUGCUCGACCAGCUGGCGCUGCGGAGCGGGAAACCGGUGGAGACCAAGGGGAACAUGAGUGACGUGCUUUGGGCGACUCGCGCGUCGAGGGUGAUGGGUUUAGCUCGAGCCGGCGCUUGCGGCAACGGCGUCUGCGAAGUUGGUGAGACGUGCAGUUCGGUCAUCGACGAGUUGCACGACCCGGAUGCGGAGAGCGAGGCGCACGCGGCCGUGGUUCGCGCGGCGAAUCAGUACGCCAGUCUCACCGCGAGUGUCAAGGCGGCGGCGACGGCCGUCUACGCGGGUUCCAGCCUCGUGGGGCCGUACGUUUCUGACGCGGCGAAUAAGUGUUGCCCGCGGGAUUGCCCGCACGUGCUCAAGUCUUGCCCGUCGCCCGAGGGGACGACGUCGCCGUGCGGAGGACGCGGGCGGUGCCUACCCGCGACGGGUCAGUGCGACUGUUUCAAGGGUAUGGGCUGGACGGGCCUGGCGUGCGGGGAGUGCGCGGAGGGGUACUACUACAAGUUUGGGACGUGCCAGGCGAAGCUGCCGAUCGCCGCGCCGCCGCCGCCCCGGUCGCCGCUCGGGUUCAUCCAAGCGCCGCCACCGAUGGUCGAGAAGGACCGCAACAACUGGACGGGGCUCGCGCUCGCGGUGGCCGGCGCGGGGGUCGCCGCCACGCUGUUGUGCAUGGGUAGCUCCGCGAUCAGCGCCGUCUCCGCUUUCGUCGGCGGGCGGCUCGGAAGGAAAAAGCCGGAGGAGCGGGACUCGGAUCGAGUCGCGCACCUUCGCGGGGGGAAACGCGCCGGUAAGGGCGGAUUCGACGACGACUGGGUGUUCGCGAUGAAGACACCGUCCCCGCCGCAGGGUAGGAAGACGCUCACGCGCCGUCCCCCGUCCCCGGGCGGUGGUUCCCUCCUCGGCGGGGGUUUCACCUCUGGAUUCACCUCGCUGGAUGACGCCGCGUAUUACGACGAAUCCGACGAAAGGUUCAACGCCGGGAGACGAUUCGGGUCCCCCGCGGGGCACGGCCGCGGCCGCAGGGACCGCGCGAUGUCCAGCCGCGCGUAUGCGAGCCCCGAGGUCCUCACGCGCCGCGAUGCUAACCGCGGUCCCCCUCCGAGCCCGCCGAGGCUGCCCAGCGAGGGGAGACGAUAUCCGGACGAUCCGCCUCCGCCGCCCGAGGAACGCUUCCGUCUCGAAGGGAAGACGGUGGCGCUGAGCCGCGCGGUGAUGCCCGAGGGUGCGCAGGAACCCGCGCGGUUACCGACGGCGAAUUUGGGGCUGACCGUCAAGCGGUACGUACCCCCCGAGGAUCCAUCCGGGGCAGAGGUUGCGGUGAAUAUUGACACGCGGGGCUUGCCCCCGGUGGAGGGUUCCAGGCGCCACGCCGCUCCCAAGGUGGUGACCACCGAGGUGCUCACGCUGGGCGAGCCCGGCGUCGACUUUAACGUCGGGAGGUGGCCGAGGGGCGGGGGGAUGGAGCACGUGAGGGCGCAGCGCGAGCGGGAGGAACUGGCGCGACUCGCCGAUGAGCGAGACCGCGCGAGGCGGGAGCGAUACCAGAGGCAACUCCAGUGGGAGGCCGAGGAGCGGGAACGACGCGGCGAGCACCAGCGGAUGAUGGAGCGCGAGCGAAGACUCGGAGGUCCUCACUACUCCGGGUCGGACACGUACUCCGAGUACUCGCCCUCCGUCGCGGAUCCAGCGGAUCGAUGGUGA